UCAAAGUAGUGUUAGGACACCAAGUAGUUGUAACGGCGGUGGUGGUGGUCUGGGAGCGGGUGGGUGUUCAAUGAGGUUCAAUGAUUGCAGACGACAUGCCGGUGGACUCCCAGCGUCGCCGGGCGGAAGACCAAAGGACUGCAUUGUUCUGUCUCUGAAAGGCACAGACAAUAGCUUCUUCUCUUGACAAGACGAGACUGGCAACAACAGCGUGCUUAGAAAGAAAAUUAUGUGCUUAGAGCAACAUUUAAAUGGGACAGGGCAUGCACAGUAGGUAAGGACGACAGGCUGGAUACACCUCACACUAGCCGACGACUUCAAAGCAAUGCAGGUGUACUGGUCAUGGUGGUGUGUUUAAACACCUGAUACAGGUUUUCACCUGAAAAUGUUUAAAAGAAUUGCCGGACCGUUUCAGUAACAUCUAACCUGUUUAUAAUCGUGAUCGGACAGUAAUAUCAGGAGUUGGUUAUACCUGUGUGUCAUUUCAAAUCACUAAUGUCAGUACAAGCAGAAUACUGGGGAGACAGGUGUGAAGCUGACCUCUAGUGCCAGACCAGGAACCACAGACAGGGACUUGAUUUUUGUCUCGCCAGAAAUGGAUGUCAUCAAGGGACAGCAACGACAGCGGCAGGUGGCGUCGUUGCGUGCGAGGCGGUUGAACCAGACGGCCGAGGCCCUGCUGCUGCAGCAGCUGCACGUGCUGGAGAAGCUGCAGGCGGUGUCGACGCGACGUCUCGCUCGCGGGCAGCACGCUGUCCUGCUGGAGGCCAUGAGCGCUGACCCGCCUCAACACUAUCCCAAGGGAGACAACGUCGUCAGUCAUAGACUGCAAUUACCUCCCUUGAAUAACUCUGCCGAGCCGAGCGAUCCCGUGCGAGGCUUGUGCAACUCGUUGGUUUGUCCUCAAAACAAGAAUGCAGUUGAUGACAGAAGAGACGAGGGUUCAGAAGGGAGGAUGGGUUCAUCGUGUCGCUAUGUGGCUCUGUCACAACUCCCUUGUCACCAUUUUCCCUGCGUGCGUCCCGCCACCUACAACACCUUCACUGGCUACCAGAGAAGUGUAGUCGCCAGGGUAAAUGCCUCCGUGUCGAACAAUUACUCUUCUUCGGAGCCGGGACAGCACGAGAUGUCGACUAAGGAGGAUGACCUGGAGGGUCACACCAGUCCUCGUACGUCAGUGCGCGAGCGGCUGCGGGUUGCGUCAACUGGUGCACGAGAUGCGCGCUAGGAACGAAGGGAAGAGACCGCACGACCGCUGCGUCAACUACGGUCAGCCGUUGUCACGCCGUCUGCUGCGUAAGCCAGUGGUUCCCAUUCACUCGAGGCGUGACCAGGUCACCCGGCCAUCACAUCCUAUAAACUUUCUACAAUCUGCUCUUGAGGUCAGCUCUGACAUGUUGCCCAGUAGUCUACAUCAGAUUGAAGUGCUAACGACAGUGGGUACAUAGGAUACAGGAUAAUGUUUAAAUAUAAAUCAUGAUUAACAUAAUCAAGUAAUGGCUCUUCAAACACAAAGUGUUUAAUUAAUCCGAGUGAUCAGGUGUUUUAGAAAAAGUCAGACAUCUAAGGCGCUAUAUAGUGUGUUGCUGUUUCAAAAUGGUUCUCCAAAGUCAUUUUUUAAAAGACUAAUAUCAGUUUGCCGAGUGAUUAUUAUCAGGAAUGAAUAUUGCAUUCCUUAGGAAUACGAUAUUCUCUCUCCUUUGUAGUACCUCUACAGAAAGAAAUGCAAUAGGUAUGAAUGUAUAUUUUCGAUGAUGUAUUUCAAAUGUGGAAUUUACUUGUGCAGUUUUUUCUUCUUUUUUUAACAUAUUAUGUCUGAAAGUCAGUUUAGUAGUUUAAUAAAGAAUUGUUCUUUCCA